AUGGCGCGCGCUACUACACCCACAGCUACGGGCAGCCUCAGCGUCGCCAAUCGCACACCCAGCACACCCAGCGCGCACAUGCCGGUGCAGCGCAAAACACCGGACCCGAGCACCCCCGGACACCGCCGCGUGUGCUCGCUCCCGCACACGCCAGGCACCAGCCCGCUAACGGCAUGCUCGUCCUCGGCCAGCGCCUUUGCAGUCGUCAAGGUGCACACGGCCAAGUGCUCCGAGUGCGAUCAGCGUAACCGCGAUGUCAUGCGGCGGUGUCCUGGGUGCACAUUCCAAGUGUGCAAGCCGUGCCAGGAGAAGCGGGAGAAGAGUGGGAGGAGCCUAGCGCAUGGCAACAUGGUGAGUCCGCACGGUGCGACACCAGGGGUAGGAGGGGGCAGCGUAGUGAGAAGGAGGCCGGUUGGUGUGAUGAAAAGUUUUGGAGAACAGAGGGAGGGGAGUGCUGUUGGACAGGAGGCAGAAGGAAGGAGUGAGAUCGAGGGCGUCAGAGGCAAGAGGUGUGCGCCGAAUCCAGCAGCGAAGCCGAAAUCAAAAUCGAAAGCUAGGAUGAGGGCAUUGACGCCGUCCGACGACUCGUCCGACGAUGAUUUCGCACUGGAUCCUGCUUCGCCUACUGCUCACAAGCGGCGCCGCACUGCACUCACCUUGUCGAGUCCUGGCGCCAAUGGCGAUAUUUCUUUGACGAGCGACAGGCCCAGCUCUCUGCCCAGCUUUAUCGACGAGGUCGAGGUCGCGGCGAAACCCAGGGUUGGCGAUUCUGUGUCAGCUGGAAGACCUUUCCACGAGAUGAGCACAGAUGAGCUUCUGGCGCACUACGACGUGAACACUUGGACGAACCCAUACAAAGCUCAUCUACUAAGCCGCCACGAGCCGGUGGUGACCAAUCCCACCAUCGAGAUCCCAGAGAUCGUGAAGCGAGGAUUCAAACCGCGACCGAGCGCCGGGGAGAUUCAGAAGAGAAUCCAGAAGCGGGUGAGGGAGAAGAUGGGUCUGGCUGCGGCGGCCGAGGCAAAGGACGGCGACGCGUGA